AUGACUCGAAUGUCGUACCAAUGCACCCUUCGGGACGACGGCAGUCUGCCCCUCCUGAGCCAUUGUGUUGCGCAAAAAAGCUGCAACCUUGUACAUGACAAUAUCCCCCGUUCGGCCCGAAACCAGACCUCUACUGAACCCUCUCCAAACGCCUCUAUCUUCCCCUCCUCUUCUUCUUCUUCGACCUCUACUCUCAGUCCCAUGGCGGCUGCCCCGCCAGAGAGUUCUGUCCUCUCCUUGCUCAACGGCAUCAGCCCUCGUCUAGCGGUAAAGGAACUCGAGGUUGUUCCUUCGGCUCGACUGCAGCGUCUUUAUAAUGUCAAGGUUACAGAGGGCCCGAGUCUUCUAUUGGCGCUACCCCCACCUGCGGUUAUACGGUUGCUACGCGCUGAGAAGUCGACCCUUGGUACUGAAGCUGCUGUGCUCAAGUGGCUUUCCGCUGUUGCGAGAGAGAGGAAAAUCUGCUCCGGCGUUGGGUCUGAAGAAGCUACAAGCAGGACAGUUGAAACCCCUGUAGCGAAGGAGACCAAUUCUCAACUUUUGGCUGGAUACUUACCUACCUUUGUUCGGCAUGAGUCUAUUGGUGGUGUACUACCAGUUGAAUAUAACCUCAUCCGACCGCCGAGAGGCACUCCCAUAUCCACACUAUCAAGGCCCCUAGACUCCCGUGAGCAAUUGUCGGUGGACUUCCAAACAGGCCAACUACUCCGUCGCAUAUCCAGCCAAGUUUCACCAACCAGGAGAUUUGGCAUUGCCGCUGACGUCCUAUCAGUAUCUCCUUCAGUUGUCCAUCACCCCCCACCACGUUUUGAAGGAAGCUUGACUGAUUCAAAGGGUGCUGACUCCUGGAGAGUAGCAUUUCACAGUCUGUUGGAAUCGGUCCUUCGAGAUGGAGAGGACUUGACCAUUAUGUUCAAUUACAACAACAUUCGACACCAUUUCGAGCGUUUCCAACAUCUGCUUGAUGCAGUAACGAAACCGCGACUUGUUGUCUUGGAUGCCGGCGAAGAGUCCAAUACAUUAAUACACCGCCCAUACGAAAGCGAGAAGAAAUCUAUACUCCCUAAAGAGGUGCAGCCACAACCGAACUUAGGAAAAGGGGUUUCGAGGAAACCGGGGAAUGAUGGAAAGGUGGGACAAGACUACAGGAUAGUCUUGCAGGAUGGCAUCAGCAGAAAGGCGGAUUACAUGAUAACAGAUGAGCCAAGCCAAAACCCCAUCGAAGUAACUGGUUUACGGCAAUGGAGCAAUUGCGUCUUCGGUGAUCCCCUCAUGGCCACCGUCUUCAGCAAACAACCAAAUCUCUCAGAUGAUUUCUGGCGAGGAUUCGACAACCCACUACCAGGUGAAACGACGGCAAGCAUCAUCGAAGAUCGGGACAAUGCACACAUUCGCAUCCUUCUCUACGAGUGUUAUCACGCGGUGGUCACUCUGGUGGGGGAGUACUAUAGGCCGCAGACCGACAGCAGCAGGCGAGAACUUGCAGCUCGAAAACAUCUCGGCAAUGUGCUGGCUCGGCUUGAAGAACUUGACGACCGGGGCCAGCAGAGGCGUAGGCGUAUGAGUGGUGAGAUGUCACCUGCGAAGAGACCGCGCUCCGGACAGGAGAGCGACGAAGAUAGCGAACCUUGA